GGCCGAGGCGCUAGGCAAGGUACGUACCAAACAUUUGCGAAAAAAAUGGCAGCCAGCUUCGAAAAAAUCUGCGACGUUGUGUCAAAUGGCAUUGUGCCUGUUACUAAAUAUAGGUCGACUGAAACAGGAUUGACAGUUUGUCUUGCUCAAGUAGAAGGACCUCUUGUGAAUGGUUAUUUUGUUUUAGCCACUGAAGCACACGAUGACGAUGGGCUACCCCAUACGCUUGAACAUCUUAUCUUUCUGGGGAGUGAAGAGUAUCCCUUUAAGGGGGUGUUGGACAUGCUAGCCAAUCGUUGUUUGGCUCAGGGAACCAACGCCUGGACGGACACUGACCACACCUGCUAUACAGUGAUGACCGCCGGGAGUCAAGGUUUCAUCAAUCUCAUGCCGAUCUAUCUCGACCAUGUUCUCUAUCCAACACUCACGGAUGCUGGUUACAUCACUGAAGUUCAUCAUGUGAAUGGAGAAGGGGAGAAUGCUGGUGUGGUGUACUGUGAGAUGCAGGCCAGGGAAAAUUCUGGGGAGUCCCGAUGUCACCUUGCUAUGCUGAGAAAGAUGUACCCAGGGCAUUGUGGGUACAAGUCAGAGACUGGGGGAAUUAUGGCCAAUCUUCGGGACUCUACGUCCAACGAGAAAGUUCGCAACUACCACCAUGACUUCUAUCGUCCUGAAAACCUCUGUCUGAUUAUUACAGGCAAGGUUGCCCCGGAGGAUGUCUUCAAGGCUUUGGAACCGUUUGAACAGAAGAUCAAGGCAAAGGGUGCCCUACCCCCACAUGUCCGCCCGUGGCAGUCUCCUGUACCACCCCUCCCCGAGAAAGUGGUAGAGACCGUCAAAUACCCAUCUGAUGAUGAGUCCAAUGGAAUGAUCUACUUGGCUUGGAGGGGUGCAUGUGCUGAUGAUAUGUACAAGAUGUCUGCUCUGUUGAUUCUACUAGAGUACCUGACUGAUACCUCAGUCGCUCCUCUGCAGAGGGACUUUGUUGAGCUGUCGGAUGCCUACUGCAGCAAGGUUCGCUACUCUAUCAUUGAAGCAACCGCCUCUUGUCUCUACCUCAAGUUUGAGAAUGUUCCCAAAGCUAAACUCGGAGACAUCAAUGGAAGGACGUUUGCCCUUCUGAAUAACCUGUCAAACGGCACAGAAGAUAUGGACAUGGUACGCAUGAAGAGUGUGAUCCACCGUCGCAUUCUAGAAGCACUCAACAACAUGGAAGAUAACCCACACGAGACGUUUGCCUUCAUGUGCAUUGGGGACUUUCUGUAUGAUAACACAGAAGAGGAGCUGAAGCAACGCUUGAAUCAAGUAGAUGACUUUCGCCGCCUUCAAAGUGAAGAGAAGUCCUUCUGGUGUUCUCUUCUCAAGGAGUACUUUGUCGAUCCUCCCUCUGUAACGAUCAUCGGAGAACCAAGCGGUUCGGUGGCCAAAGACAUGGCAGAUGAAGAGAAGCAACGAGUCGCCAGCCAAGUAGCUGCUCUCGGUGAAGAGGGAUUGAAAACAAAGGCAGACAUACUGGAGAAAGCCAUUGAGGAGAAUGAGAAAGAAGCACCUCCCGAGCUACUGACCAAACUCCCAAUCCCUGACACGGAAUCCAUCCAAUUUCAUCCAUUCCAACGCUACAGCAACCUCCAGGGUGGGGCCGGUGACACGGGCCUGGAUCUCCAGUCACUACCCUUCACCUUUCAGCUGGAUGAUAUCCACACCAACUUUGUCAAGCUCUCGGUUCUGUUGGAUACAUCCAAGGUAGAUGCAUCUCUGAAACCAUACCUUCCUCUUUAUCUGGAACUCUUGUUUGAAUCUCCCAUCCUAAGGGAUGGAGCUGUUGUAUCUCACGAGGAUGUGAUCACUCAGUUAGCGGCUGAUACGCUAGCCACCAGGUCAUCGCUUGGGAUCAGGGGUAGCAGGUUCAGAUGUGGAAAGUUUUCACAGGUUGCUAGUAUUGUCAUCAAGGUGGAGGAGGAGAAAUACAGCAAGGGUGUGCAGUGGCUUCAGGAAAUUCUGUUCCAGGUUCAGUUCACCGCCGACAGGAUCAAGAUUGUCGCACAGAAGAUGAUCAACGAUGUCGCCAAGCUGAAGAGAGACGGCAGGACGGUGGCGCUCACGGUUCUCAGGGAUAUCAAUUAUUCACCAGAGAGUAAUCACCAUGUUGCGUCCAUGAUAAGACAGCAGACGUUCCUGACCAAACUACUAGAUCAACUUGGCCAAGACCCAUCCACUGUCAUCAAGAACCUCAACUCUCUCCGUGACCUCUUGACCUCAUCUUCAAACGUCAGAAUCCAUAUGGCAGCCAACAUGAAGAAACUGUCAGAUCCACAAUCUCCAUGGCAACAGUACUUCAUCGAGAAAGGAGUGAAGGCAGCAGAAAAGAGCUCUGAGGGUCCGCAGCUGUCCUUACAACUGAGAGACAAAACCUCAUCUAAGCCCAAUGGUCAGAUCGUUGGUGUGGGUUCCGUGGAGUCGGCUUUCUUUGUCGCAACUGUCCCUUGUGUUGACAGCUGUGCGCAUCCCGACCUACCGGCUGUGAUGGUCUACAUGGAAUGCCUUUGUGCUCUUGAGGGUCCUAUGUGGCGUCAGAUCAGAGGGCUAGGUUUCGCCUAUCAUUACAGCAUGUACAUCCGACCCGAGGAGGGCUUGAUGUACUUCCAGCUCUUCAAGUGCACCCAUGUCGUCUCUGCGUACAAACAGGCCAAGGAAAUCGUGGAGGGAUAUCUCUCUGGAAAGACAGAGUUCCACCCCGGUCAAGUUGAGACAGCGAUAAGCAGUGUCUUGUAUGAGAUCAUUGAGAGAGAAGAGACCGUUGCCUCUACUUCUAAUGAAUCCAUGAUGAACUAUCUCCGAGGGGUGGACCAGCAUUACAACAGGGAGCUACUGCAGAAGAUCUCGAAAGUGACCAUAGAAGACUUGAAACGAGUUGGACAAAAGUACUUCAGCCUGCUCUUUGACCCUGCCAAGGCGAAUUGCGCCCUCUGUUGUCAGUCGUCGAAGGUGGAUGAAAUCAAGGAAGGCUUCAAAGCAUUCAACCGUAAUCUGACAAUUAUGGCUUCGCUUGAAGAAGGUCUACAAUGAUGUCGUAGGUUUCCAUGACAACGGCUGAAGAUAUUGUGACAAUUAUGUUUGAUUGCUCGUAGAUUCUGUAAGAGUAGUAUGUAAUUGCUCAUAGAUUGAUAUUUUCUUCCUGUGAAGAUAGACCCUUGAAAUAAAUUACAUGAUUGAUUCCAUUUGUUUCUUGAGAAUGAGGAGUAGUUUGUUUUCUUGGCUGUAUUUUUUGCAAAGAUGGCUGCCAAGGAUAUAGUUGCUAUUUCUUAGACAAACUACCCAGCUCAAAUUAGUGUACAGUUAUACGAAAUCAGUUUGAUGUGCUCUGCAGAGCAUUCUAGGAUUUGUCAGACUUUUUAGCCGACAAAUUCUGUUUUAUUGGUUCCAUGACAUUUGCUCUGGCGAUCAUUGCUCCGCUCUAAAUUUCACGCACUAAUUGGAUGACCAACUUUAAACCUGGGUUUAACACUAUACCCUACCCUGAACCUAACAUAAAACCCUCUUGCAACCCUAACCCUACAUCAUAAAUGAAAAGCCCGGAACAAUUGUCGCAGGAGCAAAGGUUGCAUCACCAUUUUAUCUGACAGUUGCCAUAGUAACUCUGUUUCUCAGCCAAUCCAAUUCAAGGAAAGUUCUUAGAUCUGACAACUUAUCAGUCCAAAAAGUUGAGGAAACGCUCCCCUGGAGUUAUCUUACCUGAUAUUCUGUGGAGCGUUGUAUGCAGAGUUUUGCCAGUGAUUUUCACUAACAUAUGUUAUAAGCUACUGAAAUCCUUGCUUUCUGAUUGGAUGAGAGCAAAUGAGUCAGUGAAAAUCCAUGACAGAUGUUAUAAGCUACUAAUCAUCCUUGCUUCUGGUUGGCUGAGAGAAAACUAGCCAGUGAAAAAUCAGAGACAAAACUGUUUGUGAAACACUCCCCAAGCUAUAAUUAUGAAUGUGAUACAAUGGUAUGUAAUGGUACUUGUACUUUCAAUUGAAAUAGAAGUUAAUAUUUAAAAUUGCAAGUAGAUUUACUUGAUAUAAGAAACAGGAAUUAUGAACAAGUAAUUGAUUUCAAGGGCCUGGUUAUAGUUGUUUCCUUUUCAAUGUCCAGGAAAUUUCACUAAUAGGAAUCUGUGCCUUUUAUGGCACAACAUGUAUGUACAUGAAGUAAUAUUAUUUAGUAUUUAUGCAAAAAAGCGUAUCUCUCAAAGAGAUAGAUAUAUAACUCAGCAAAAUGCUGCAUUUUUUUUUUCAUUUCUGAUUUCCUGUUUCCAUUAAGAAAUAGACCAAAAUAAGGUUGUGCUUGAAAAUAAAUGCAUGUCCUUCAUUGUUCAUUUUUUUUGUAUUUGUUCCAAGCAGUGGCCUUUCACCUUUGUCGUUAUUUCUAAUUUAUUCAAGCACAAUAUGCAUGUGGCAUAUUAAACCUGUCAGCCAGAUGUUGUUUUCAGUUGCAUUUGCUUUUUAUUGUUUGUUGUGAGCAAUAUUUUGUUGAAACAAAUAUGACGAUGAAGGAUUUGGAUGUAAAUGAGUCGUUCUUUGUACAUGUAACUAGAGACAAGUGGGAUAUUGCAAUCAACCUGCGUUCAAUUUCAAAUCAAGCCCAAGUCUCAAAAUCAAGUUUGUUGAUAAUUAAAAGAGACUUGAGUUGCAAUUUAAGACCGAUCAACUACAAAUUUGUGUUUAAUCAAAGGAUUUGCGCAUGAUUUUGGGUGUUACACGACAUUUACAAUUGAACUUAGUUUCUUCUACACCCAUACAAAGAGCUUGAUAUUUCAAGCUCAACCAAUAAAAAUGAUUUUUUUUUGUUAGGCUAUGUUUUUGCUUAGGAUGUAUAAACCUUAGUUCUUCAUUGCCUUCUGCUUUUCUGACAAUCAUAAUUUGAUCAAAUUACAGUCAAGAUUAUACUUGUCAUGCAAGUCACUCAAUAUCCCAAGAGUCUAAUUUUCAUAUUGUAUAUGGCAAUUGACUUGAAAAUGAACUCUAGUAAUUUUUAAGUGCAAUUGGGGCACAUUUUUUUAUAAAAAUGUAGAGAAAGACAGGUAAAAUGUUAUUUCAUAUGAGUCACUACGAAAAAGAGAUAUAUAUUUAGUGGACUUUAACUUGUCAGUUUCUUUUUAUUCCACUCGACUCGUUCUGAAACAUACAAUUGAAAAGGUAUGUUUUUCAGUAAUUGUGAUAUACUUAGUAAUAUUGAUUUUCUUUCUCAAUUAUUCAUGCAAUGCUUUGAUAAUGCACUGCAUCAUAACUAGUAAAUAUAUGCUGAAAUAUUAGCAGAAAUGGAAAAAGUAACCUAGUCAAUUAGCAUUUCUUUUUUCGGUCUGUCCUUUGAUAGUAGUGAUUUUAUUUCAGUUAUCAGUGAUGUUGAUGAUGUUAGUGAAAUUUUUACACAUUUAUGCAUGUGUUCUACUUUGCAUAUAAUUAUGGCUGAAAAUACUUAUUACUAACUGAGGUCUUUUUGAUUAUGAAUCUUGUAAUCAGUCUUUCAAGAAAUGAUUUGACUUUAAUUCUGUGAUACCUGUUUUGCUAUAGGCAUUUGGAUAUUUGCCACAUUGCAUUGUGCAAUUUAGAUGUGUUUGAUAAAGUCUUGUAUAGGCAUGGAGGUUUUGUAAUGUUUAUAUGAAUCUUUUUUUUCUUGAUCUAUACACUGUCAUUCUUAUUAACAGGGAUGCCAGUUUUCAGGCAAAAGCCUGAAUUCAGGCUCUGGCAAUUUAUUUCAGGCCAUAGUUUUAGCAUUUUGUGUACAAAAUAUUGUAUUAUAGGUGAUUUUCAGGCCCUCUGAUCAAUUCCAACUGGCAUCCCUAUUAUUAAGUAGAUUGUUAUCUGUUUAUUGUUCUGCUGUUAUAUUUAUUUUAUUUCUGAGAAUUAUGGAACACCUUGAUAGCCAUAGCCUUAUAUUUUGUAUUUUUUUGUAAUAUAUAUAAAUGCCCAAUAAUCUUCAUAAUGGAAGGAUAGGAUAAUGAAAAAUAACUGAGAGCAAAGCACAUAACUCAAUUACUAGUGAUAAAGGUGUCCGGCUAGAGUUUAAACGUUCAACACUGCACUGCACUGGUUUGAUUCUCACUCAUUAGUUGAUGACAUUGAUAUAUAAUUUAUUCCAUUGAAAAUGAACAUUAUAAUACAGACUUGAAAUUCAAAAUAAAGAGUCAAUGUUCACUCUGUACAGCAGAUUCAAUGCUGACUUGACAAAACAACCAGUUGGCCUUUUGAAUAUUUUGUUCUGAAAUGAUAGUCCUAUGUAGUAUACAUGUAUCAUUUAACUGGGCAAGUAAUAUAUUAUUUUUUAUUUUUAUGGAUGAAAGUAUCAACCAAAAUCCUUAAUACUAACCUUGGAUAAAUCCAUUCAUUUGUGCCUCUAGCAAGUGAGAAAUACCAUUGACUUGAUAAAAGAUGAGAAAAUAGACUUGAUGUUUGGGGCCAAAUUAACCUUUUGCGUAUUUGAUGAGACUCGGCCAUAAAAAACAGAUUUCUACGAUGUUGAAAUUAAUUUAAUUCCAAUUCCUGAAGGAUACAAUCUACCCGUUGCAUCAACUCAUGACAAGAAACAUUGGACCUAUCAAACUUAAAUUUAUUUACUUCUAUUCCAAAUAUGCAUCCUAUCUAUGCAAUAUUUUGUUUUUAAACAUGCCCCAUUUUACUGGAAUAUUAUGCAUUUAGUUGCUUAUCUCCAAUGUGGCAUGAGAAGUGAUUACUGGAGUGUGGUUCACUAAGAGCUGGGCCCCUUCUUACAAAGAGUUACGAUUGAUCCGAUCAAUAGCACCUAUGGACGGCCAUCAACAUGUACAGUAUUAUACAUGUUUGUUCAAAAUAUUUUCUAUUCAUUUCAUUCAUGUAUAUUCAUGCAUUCAUUGCUUUCUUGAAAAUUCACUGCGCUUCUCUUCGCUUACAAAGGACAUUGUGCGAAUUUCCUAUAGAAAAAAUGACACUGAUUGAUUUCCACAGAGUUACGAUUGAUUGCAUCAUUGGAUCCAUUGUAUAUCUUUGUAAGAUGGGGCCCUGAAAUCAAUUGCAAGAGAAAAUAAAAUUGAUUUUAUGAUAUACGAUUGGUGAAUUCGGCACAUGAACCAGUCAUAUUGGUAUGAUAUGAAAGGAAUCCGUUAAAAAAUUUUAUAUUCUGGGCCCAGUAAUGUAAGGCUAAGUAAUCGACCGUGGCCUUAUUUCAACAAUUGAUUGCAAUGAAUAUUGUGUUUGAUCAGUCAUAAAAUAAUCAGCACCUCAAAUCGCUAAGUUUUAUGUAACAGGGUCCAGAAACAAAAUGUAAA